UCUGACAAGUUCUCUCUGAAAUCAUCGCAAUGUUUAUUAUUACGACACAGAAGCGGCCUAUGCUGACUUGCUUGUCUCAAUGACCAGAAUUAACAAUAUGUGCAACCGAUGUGAAACGAAACAAGCGCCAAGUAUCUGCUGAGUACAGGUUUUGACGACUUCUCCGUUCUAUCUCUAUGGGGAACGGCAUUAGGAAAUAUUUUGCCUUUCGAGUUCGUCCCCAACCCUCUGACUUGCAGCCAGUCGAUGCAAAUGCAUGGAUUCUUGAGGAAGUGGGACGAGGCAAAGCAGGAAAACAUCGCCGACCAAAAUUCGGUGAUAUGAUUGGCUCCAUUUACAUCUUAACAGCGCUUAUUGGGAAUUUAAACUCCCCAUACACAAAGCUUAGUCGUGCAGGGCUGUUGCUAUGGAUACUGAGUAUGGCAGUGAACUUCACAUAUGACGGUUAUGAGUCAAUUGCUAAAUAUGGCUACCCAUGGAUGGGUGUACGCGGUUUGCUGUUGAUCACUUGUUGUGUUUGUACGUGGUUUACUAUUCGGCGUACGAUCCCGUGGUUGGAGAAAGGACUGGGGGAGCUGGAAAGGGAUAAGCGUUACAGGAAGGCGUUGCGUGACAUAAAAGUCAUCACAAAGAAACUUCCUUAUGUCCUGGGCGUGUUUGCUGUAAUUAGUGGAUCUAUUCAGUUUGGAAUAAUGCAGAGAGACAAGGCAACCCACGUGACCUUUGGAGAGUCAUCUGACCUUCAAAUCACCUUCAUAUUCCACAUGUUAAGGUUCCUGAGUGGUGUGCACGUGUUCUACGCCUUAGCUCUUUUUUGGAGCAUCCCCAUGUGUGUUAUGCUGAUGGUGGGGUAUUCAAUGAUUGAAUAUCAAGACUUCUCUUGCAUACAACUUAAACUCAGGGAAAAGCGACUGACGCUGAGACAGGCCAUAGAGGGUUACAACGAAAGAGUGCAGUUUGUAAAGUUAUCAUCUUCAGCUUGUGUGGUAAUACUGUGCAUGUUGAUUGCGUAUACUUUUGUUUCUUUGGCUGUCAACGCAUACGUCUUUCUGUUCCGAAACCGAACGCUGUUCCUGUAUAUCGUCCACGCCCUCCUACCUCUUGUGCUCGCAGCCUACCCACUUAGCACCGCGUCAUGGGUCACCAAGCAAUAUCAUUGGCAUCUGGUAGCAGUUGUGAAGGCGUGGGUCGAGUGCAGUGAUUCUGACUCUGACUCAGAAGACGAACGGCCUCUGAGCAUCACAAACGAGCAUGGCACCAGUAGAUUACCUUCUAACUACAGUGAAUCGCAGGCUCCUACUCUUAGGAUUCACAUGCCUGAUACGGGCCAUGUGAUCGUGAAUUCAGCUUAUGACAACAUGGACAGACUUCAAAAUGUACUUACUGGAUCAGCACUAUUCCUUGGCAAACUUCAGCACAGAAAAAAAAACCCAAAGUUUAAUUUUGAAAAGUAUAUCUCAUAUCUUGAUAAAGUUUCGAGGAAUGUUGGCUUCUCGAUCGGUGUGGUCCCGGUGACCUGGGAACUAGUGUCGACUUUGUUUUUCUUCCUCAUCUCGCUGAUUGCUCUGUUUGUACAGGAAUCCAUAUUUGGAAAAGCGAAGAGCACGAUAACGAUUUGA